CCGCCUCCUUUUGUGAUUGGCUCAGCCUGGAUCAUAUAACGGGGCCGUUCGGCCUCCGCCUCAGUUGGAGGCACGCAGGGAACCGGCACCCAGUCUCCGUGCGGAUACUUCGGGGGCGACCUCCUCCUCGUUGAACCCGAGUCCAAGUCCCUUGGAGACUGCAGCCAUGAAGGAGAGACGGGCGCUGCAGCCAGUGGUGGUCAGAUGUAAGCUCGUGCUGGUGGGGGACGUGCAGUGUGGGAAGACCGCGAUGUUACAGGUGUUAGCGAAGGACUGCUAUCCCGAGACCUAUGUACCUACCGUGUUUGAGAAUUACACAGCCUGUUUGGAGACCGAAGGACAGCGAGUGGAGCUCAGCCUCUGGGAUACUUCAGGGUCUCCUUACUAUGACAAUGUGCGUCCACUCUGCUACAGCGACUCGGAUGCAGUGUUAUUGUGCUUUGACAUCAGCCGUCCAGAGACUAUGGAUAGUGCACUCAAAAAGUGGAGAACAGAAAUCCUGGACUAUUGUCCCAGCACCCGUGUGUUGCUUAUUGGCUGCAAGACAGAUCUGCGAACAGACCUGAGCACUCUAAUGGAGCUUUCCCACCAGAAGCAGGCGCCCAUCUCCUAUGAGCAGGGCUGUGCAAUAGCCAAGCAGUUGGGUGCAGAAAUCUACCUGGAGGGCUCAGCUUUUACUUCAGAGAAGAGUAUCCACAGCAUCUUCCGGAUGGCAUCCAUGGUGUGUCUGAACAAGCCUAGCCCAGUGCCCCCGAAGAGCCCGGCCCGAAGCCUCUCCAAGCGGCUUCUCCACCUCCCCAGUCGCUCUGAACUCAUCUCUUCUACCUUCAAGAAAGAAAAGGCCAAAAGCUGUUCCAUCAUGUGAAGUCGGAGCCGGAGGGGGGGGAGACAGCCCCCCCACUUCCUCCCUUGGGGUGCAGAGGCACGGGAAGAGGGAGGAUGAGAUGGUUUAAGACCCUGGAUGUGACUUUUUCAGAUGGCCACAGUAAGGAUUUAGGAGACAGGAAUGGGAUGGAAGAAGAAGCCAGGCCUGGCAGGAGGGCCUGACAUUAAGCAAGAACCAUCACACCCCAAGCCAGGCACUAGGCUGUGGACGAGCAGUUGCCCAGUGUCCCCCUACUCCAGAGAAAGGAAGGGUGUUGGGGGGAUGGGGACAUGCUGGCCUCAUCUUCAGCGUCAUGCCUCUUCCAUACAGUGUUCCCGUGCAGACUGGGGAUGGGAGGGGCCCUUGAGCCCUCCCCUUCCCCUUAAAGAAGUGGCAGGGGACUGGACAGUGGGAAAGCCCAGAGGCAGCUCCCUUGGGGGCUUAGCUCAGGUGCUUCAUAACUGAAACCAGGAGGGCAAGGGCUGAUCAGAGCUGGUAAGGAAUCCUCAUCUUUUCAUAGCCCAUGCGUCAUGGAGAGGUGACAUCAUACAUUCAUAUGCUUCUCACCGAAGUCCCCAGGGCCCAAGGGAGAAGCCCCAGACCCCCUUCUCUUGCAGAAUGUGGGGGUGGUGGUGCUGCAGGGGCAGGACUGAUGGGGGUUACCAGACUUUCCUGCCCGUAGGGCGGUACAGUUGGUAUUUGUUUUAUAGACUUGUCUUUGGAAUUGGGGGGAGGGGGGAGUGUUUCAAUCUGUUAUAUGUUCUGUGUUUAAAGAA